AUGUAUAAUGCAACAUUUUUUUCUCACGUUUCUCCUUCAACUUUUCCUCCUAACUUCUCUUAUAAUAAAGUCUCUCCUGAGAUACCACUAGAUGAAGUGCUCGAAAUAGAGCCAUCUGAUCAAGUGCCAUUAGAGAAAAUAUGUGAAAUAGAGCCAUUUGACCAAAAUA